AUGAGUGCACCACCAAAGGAAACAUUCGAAAUAGAAUAUUCAAAGUCUGAUAGAGCAUCUUGUAAGACAUGUUCAGGUGGCAUUAACAAGUCGGCAAUACGUGUUGGACAUGGUACACCUGGAAGAUUCCACGACGGAUUUGAGGUGUCGUGGCAUCAUCUCAAGUGCUUUGGUUGGGCACUGAAGGAUAUCAACGUGCUCAAGGGUUGGUCCGCUCUGCGCUGGGAGGACCAGAUGAGCCUGCUCAAGACCUACUUCCCCAAGGCAGACAAGCACGACACCAAGGAGCGCAAGAAGUAUCUGGAGGACCUCUACGAGAUCAAGGACGAGCUGCAAGACGUGCUCAACGGCCCACAGGCCAAGCUUGUCUAUCAGGCCAACACGGUGGAGGGCACCGAGUGCAAGAUCCCUCAGGACCGUCUCGUCCACAUCCUUUCCGACAUGUUGUUGUUGGGUCGCACCGGACCCUGUCCCAGCUGCAAGUCGUUGGCCGUCUCCUACAACUCCAUCCAGUACAAGUGCAAUGGAUACAUCACUGGAUUCACAAAGUGUGACUGGGUUGGUGCCGACAUUGAACGCUUCCACAUCAACAUCCCCACCGGUCUCAAGAAGAACGUUCAAGACUACUUCAGUUCGUUCAAGUUCUCAAAGAACUACCCAAAGAAGAAGUAUGACUAUACCAAGGAGGAUGAUGAGGAAGAGGAGGAAGAGAAUGAGGAGGAAGAUGAGGCUGCAACAAAUGAGGACGGUGCUGAUCCAACACAAUCAAUUGAUUCUGUUAUUGAUGAGGACCCAAAUAGAGCCGAGGAUGAAGUGCCCACCGGACUAGAGUGCUUUGGAAUGGUUGUGGUUGUUGCAGGCAACGCCAAGAACAUGGACGUGGCACCAACUGAAAUCAAGGACUUGGUCGAGAAGCAUGGUGGCUCAAUCGUAGAGCAGACGAACAAGGCCACCCUCAUGAUCUCCUGUGAGGAUGAGGUCGGCAAGGAACGCCCCACCAAGAAGGUCCAGGAUGCCAUCAAGUCCAUCCCAAUCUUCCCCACUAGCUGGCUGGUUGAGCUCACCAGUCGCACUGGUAGCGGCAUCAAGCUUCGCUCCAAUGCCGUGUCAAAGACGAUGGUGAUCGCACCGUCAAAGCUUGCGGACGACUAUGAGAUGGCCGCCAAGUACUUCAAGCCCAAGACCACGACCACAUCGACACGAUCCAACUCUUCAAGCCUCAAGAAGAGAAAGAACUCAGAGAUGGUCAGAGCCCAGCCAAAGAAGGACCCAAAGCCCGGCUCAGACAUCCUCAAGGUGGACGAGGACGUGCCCUACGGCUACAAGAUCUACGUGGAUCACACCGAGGAGUACGGCUACACGGCACACAAUGUGAUGCUCAACGCCACCGACACCACCACCGGUGUCAACAAGUACUACAAGCUGCAGCUGUGCUACAAUGGCAAGCAGUUCAUCGUCUUUAUGCGAUGGGGACGUGUCGGAUCGAGCAUGGGCACCAAGCAGGAGAACAAGAGCAGCUUCUCUGCCGCACUCAACAUGUUUGCCGACAAGUUCAAGGACUGCACCGGUGUCGACUGGGACAACCGUCUCUACUUCAAGAAGCUCGGUGGCCGCUACUACAUGUCUGCACUUGACGAUGGCUGGGAGGACGAUGAGACCGUCGAGUUGGUCAACAGCACCUUCAAGAAGAACCGCUCGGAGGAGAGUCAGGCCGAGCUUGAGAGACCACUGACCGUGUCUGAGUUCCCUCAGCGUACUGCCGAUCUGGUGACACUGAUGUUCGAUCCCGAGAUGAUGAAGAAGCAGCUCGAGUCGAUGAACAUCGAUGUCGAGAAGAUGCCACUGGGCAAGAUCAAGAAGAGUCAGAUCAUGGAGGGAUACAAGGUGUUGAACGAGGUCCAGGACCUCUUGUCCAAUCCCAAGACCGCGCCCAUCAUGUACCAAGACUGCUCCAACAGGUUCUACACUCUCAUCCCACACAACUUUGGCAAGUCCCAUCCACCUCUCAUCAACACUGUCGAUGCCCUCACCAACAAGAUCAACAUGCUCAAGUCACUCCUUGAUAUCGAGAUUGCUACUCAACUCGCAAAACAAACAGAGAAUGCCAAAGGAAACAUCAUUGAGAACAAGUACAAGACACUCAAGACCAAGUUCAUACCAAUGGACAAGGCAUCAGAGAUGUACAAGAUGUUGGUGAACUAUGCCCACAACUCACAUGACUCUUCACAGUUCCACUUCAAGCUUGAUGUUUUGGACAUCUUCACCGUGGACCGAGAGGGAGAGCGCGACAGAUUCGAGAAUGCAGGUUGGAGGAGCAAUGAGAACAAGCUGCUGUUGUGGCACGGAUCCCGUUUGACCAACUGGGUCGGUAUCAUCUCGCAGGGUCUGAGGAUCGCACCACCAGAGGCCCCAAAGACCGGUUACAGAUUCGGAAAGGGCAUCUACUUUGCCGACUGUGUCAGCAAGUCCGCUUCGUACUGUUUCACAUCUCGCGACAGUCCAACCGCAUUGAUGAUCCUCUGUGAGGUUGCCCUGGGCAAGAUGAACGAGCUCAAGCAUGACACCUACAUGGAGAAGGCUCCCACCGGCACACACAGCACCAAGGCACUUGGAAUGUCUGCACCAGACCAGAAGGGUAAUACCAAAGUUGAGGAUGACAUCACCAUUCCAAUUGGAAAGAUCACGAGGACAGGUAUGAGCACAUCGUGCACUCAUAAUGAGUUCAUUGUGUAUGAUAUCUCUCAGGUGAAGAUCAAGUACAUCCUAAAGGUCAAUGUUACAAAUUAA